UUCAAGGCAAAAAACAGUGACAAAAAAGAAGAAAUCGCAGCCACAGAAGACCCAACAAAGUCGUGCAAAGCAACCUCCUCAUGUAGUCGAGCCUUCUGAAAUGACAAGACACGAAUUGGAGAAAUUUGUUUCUCGUCUUCAGGAAGAACUCGCGAGAGAACGAUCUGAGCGCAACAGAACUGCUCUGGAACGCGACAAAUUAACACAAUUUUGGGAAAUUUCUAAGCAGCAGAAUGAAGAAACUUGCGGACUUUUACGUCGCAAAGAGCGUGAAUUGGAAGACACUGAAGAACGACAACAAAUGGAAUUGCAAAUUUAUCGUCAGAAAGCGAAGCAUCUGAUGUUCGAGUACAACGCUAAGCAGUCAGACGCACAACAGGAAACUACAAAUUUCAUAAAUGCUCAAAGCGAAAAAGCUAGAAAAGAAGUAAAGGAAAUACUAAAUGAAAACAGUACAUUAAAAGCCCAAAUGCGAUUAAAACAACUGGAAUCCGAAGAUAUAAUAAAAUUACUUAAAAGUCAACACGAAACAGAGAUGACCAGCCUACGUCAAGAUUUCAUUCAACAAGCCGAAGAAUUGGAGCAACGCUUGGCCAAGAAGGAAGCUCAAAUGAGAGCGGACCUUGAAACGCAACGUGCGUGUGAAAUUCAUGCUACUGAGGAGCGUAAAAACCUCCACAUCAAGCAACUUGAAAUGGCUCAUGAUAAGGAACUGAACAACAUGAGGACCUAUUACAACGAUAUCACUCUUGGAAACGUUAAUGUAAUAAAAACGCUCAAAGAGAAUAUAGAGGAGCUUCAGUUUAAGCUCUCAACCUCAGAACGAGAACUGGUCACUUAUAAAACCGAAAUUGAGGAGUAUAAAAAGAGGCUCAAUGAAUCCGAGGAACAAAAUAAAAGUCUUAGAAAAGCAGCCAAACUUUUUGAAUCGGAAUACUCGGCACAUAACGCAAGUUCUACACAAAAUAUAAAUCAUGAAUACCACAGAGACAAUGAAAUUCUCUACAAUAUCGCUCAAACUAGACUGGAAGAGGGAGUUGUAACUGCACUUCUGGAUAUCAAAAAGAAGUCAAGUUUAAAGUGUGUGCUUUUGGAGAAGAAGUUGGUUCAAUUAGUCGGUAUCUUGGAGAGCAUGCAGACGGAGAUCGAUGCUCUUGUGGCUUCACAUGAGGGCCCGUUGAAUCCAAAUGAAUUGCGAAGAAAGAUAGAGGCUUAUGUGGAUCUAUGGAAUGCAUGUCAAGACAAGUUGACAGAAGAGUCAAAGAGUUGUCUACAGGGCUUGGAUACUAAACCACAAUUCAAGUCACCUUUUGACUGUCCGUCAGAGUUCGAAAAGUGGUUAAAUAUCGGUUCCAAAACUUCUGGGCCAAACAACGCAGCAAUCAAAUGUACGCCAAAUAACAAAUAA